GAUCAUUAUAACUAUUACACAUCAGAUAUUAUCUCCAAGAAUUUUACUGAGCACUGGGUGGAGCUGGAGAAUGCCCCCAGACAUGAAACUUUGUCCUCUGGCCACAGAGUUGCAGCUGUAUUCAACUUGAAGUUUGACUUCUAUUUCUAUGGUCAUAAAGUCACCAAUGUUACAGUUGCCACCGGAGGUUUCUUGUAUAUGAGUCCAUUUUUGCAUCAGUGGCUGACUGCAACACAGUAUAUAGCUCCUUUGAUGGCAAACUUUGACCCUUCCUUUAGUGCUGAAUCCAGCAUUUACAUCCAAAGUGAUGAAAACAGGUUCAUUGCAGAGUGGAAGAAUGUAGUGCUCAAAGACCAGAACACAACUGGCAGGUUCCACUUUCAGGCUGUCCUGCAGGCUGACAGUAUUAUAAAGUUUCUCUAUAAAUCGGUACCUUUCCCUAUUAAAAACAUUUCCAAUGAUGAGCAUCCGGUGAAGGUUGGCGUGUCUGAUGCAUAUUACAAUGACACCUAUAUACCUGAAAGCAAUAUAAAACGAAGGACAAUCUAUGAAUAUCACAAAGUGUCGCUGCCCUUGUCACUUGUGACUACAGGAACAGUGAUUAUUUUGAAACCUUUACCAACAUGCAAUCGACUCACAGAAUGUGAAUCCUGUGUAGAGCACAAGAAUAUGAAGUUUGAUUGCAGAUGGUGCAAUACGGUCGGCCGAUGUUCAGAUAGGCUGGACUGGUACCGUCAGCACUGGGACAAGGAGGGUUGUCAGAACUCGAGCAUGAACAAAUGUGAAUUGCUGCCAACUGGCAACCCUCCUAUAUCAGAGGUGACUUCUUCAACACCUGCGUCAUCCGUUAGCACCCUGUCUACUGGAGCAAGUGGUACUUCUAAUGAAUCCAAUCAUAGUGCUAAAACCCAUAUGGCCGAGUGUGAUCACACAAAAGAUGUCAAGGUCUGUUCAUCUCUUCCUCCUCCACCCAGACAUAUUGCAGACCCCCUGAGUACCAGUUUUAACGAAGAUCCUUGCUCAGACGGACAGUGCAGCAAGAAGAGUGAGUUUCCUGUUGCUGUGAUAGUCAUUGUGAUCAUCAUCAUUUGUGGUCUGUUGGCAGGCCUAGCAGGCUGGGUCUACUACGCAUACACUCACCCUACUUCCAGAUCUGGCAUGUGGCUUAUGGAGCACCGCCCAAGCCAGAUUAAGUCCAGGAUCAAAUUCUGGAAAAGCAGCUCUGAAGCUGGGACCAAGUACAAGGUGGAGAGUGAAGCCUAG